GUGUGCGGAGGAGGGGAAAUGUUGGUGUCUCCUUCUCCCUGGAAACGGUGGAGGAACUGAGGCGAAAGUGAAGCAGCAGGAGAGAAAGUUUCCUUGCCGAAACCUGGGCUGAGUAGCGAGUGAUGCUUUUGGAACUGAACGAGCAUCGGCGGAGAGCUGCGGUGCUGCCGCAUUGUGUUUGCUGAGGAUCUUCCCGCCUGGUGGGGGCUCAGCGUCCUGCGAGGAGGAGGGAGCAGCUGUAGCGAAGCAGCUUCUAUCGCCCACCUCCACUAGUACAUCUUUUAGACGAGAGAGGUCCUCCGGUUUUUGUUUUUUGUUUUUGCUCUUUUGAGGGCCUCAGUGCAAUGUGAAGCGUGCCCAAUAAAAACCCUGAUUUGACAAGGAUUGGAGCAUCAACCUAGUACAUGCAUCCGAUAAUCAUCUUCUCAUACAAAAUGGAUUUUAGCCAAAACAAUCUGUUUGGUUAUAUAGAAGAUCUGCAGGAACUUACUAUCAUUGAAAGGCCGGUGCGCAGGAGCUUAAAGGCAGAAUUCAUACUUACUCUGGAAUAAAUAAAAGUGGUCCUGGUGAUGAAUAGUACAAUCCUAUGCAUGCCUACUCAGAAGUAAGCCCCUUUGAAUUCAUCGGGACUUACUUGCAGACACCAGAAGAAAUAGAAAGACUGACAGUUGAUGAAGAACUCAGUGAUAUUGAAAGGGCUGUGUAUCUACUCAGUUCUGGGCAAGACAUCCAAGGGACAAGUGUGGUUGCAAAUCUUCCAGUCCUGAUGCGACAGAAUCCUACAGAGACACUGAGGAGAGUCUUGCCAAAAGUUCGAGAAGUUCUACCUGUUGCAGGUGUGGAAAUGCAACUAACAGCAGCUGUUUCUCUUUUGACAAUUCUUCAAGAGGAGUCAAUAUCCAUCCAUACUUACUCUCACUCAUUCUUACAACUCAUUCUACAGAAUCUGGAGCAUAGAGAUGCAGGUGUCAGUAAUGCUUGGCUGGACACACUUCUUGCUGCAAUAGAAGCUCUUCCAAAAGAAACUAUUAGACAUGAGAUCCUGAAUCCUCUUGUUUCCAAGGCACAGCUUUCCCAAACACUUCAGUCUCGCCUGGUUAGUUGUAAAAUCUUGGGGAAAUUAGCUAACAAGUUUGAAGCUCAUAUCAUUAAAAGAGAAAUCCUUCCCCUGGUAAAAUCUCUUUGCCAGGAUGUAGAAUAUGAAGUUCGUUCCUACAUGUGCCGGCAGCUAGAACUAAUUGCUCAAGGAAUAGGAACGGAAUUAACAAAAAAUGUAGUGCUUCCAGAACUAGUAGAAUUAGCAAGGGAUGAAGGCAGCAGUGUACGUCUUGCAGCUUUUGAAACAUUGGUAAAUCUGUUAGAAAUGUUUGAUGCGGAUGAUAGAAGUCAAACUGUUCUCCCAUUAGUGAAAUCAUUCUGUGAAAAGUCCUUUAAAGCAGAUGAAUCUAUUCUGGUUUCAUUAUCUUUACAUUUAGGGAAGCUUUGUAAUGGACUAUAUGGAAUUUUUACACCAGAGCAGCAUUUGCGAUUUUUGGAGUUCUAUAAGAAGCUUUGUACAUUGGGAUUAGAACAGGAAAAUGGGCACAAUGACAACCAGAUUCAGCUGCAAACCCUAGAACAGGAAAAGAAAUACAUAUCAGUGAGAAAGAACUGUGCUUACAAUUUACCUGCCAUGAUGAUUUUUGUGGAUCCCAAAAAUUUCAAUUUGGAACUGUAUUCUACAUUCUUUUGUUUCUGUCAUGAUCCUGAAGUACCAGUCAGACAUACUGUGGCUAGUAGUUUCUAUGAAGUUGCUAAGCUUUUAAAUACUGAUGUGUAUGUAAUACAUAAAGAAUUGAUAGCCCUAUUGCAGGAUGAAUCAAUAGAGGUGAUAGAUGCAUUAAUAAAUCACCUUCCUGAAAUUCUCGAACUUCUGUCUACUGGAGGAGAAAACAGUGGAUCAGAGAACAAGCUUUUAAAUUUUCCAGAGUUAAUUCCAGCACUAACAAGAGCUGAACAGAGGGCAGCAACCUCUUUAAAAUGGAGGACACAUGAGAAGCUAUUACAAAAGUAUGCCUGUUUGCCUCAUGUCAUCUCAAGUGAUCAGAUUUAUUACCGAUUUUUGCACAGAAUGCUGACAAUCAUUAUGACAAAUAAUGUCCUACCUGUCCAAAGAGCAGCUGCUCGAACACUGUGUAUAUACUUACGAUAUAAUCGUAAGCAAGAACAGAGAUAUGAGGUCAUCCAGAAAUUGAUUGAACAACUGGGCCAAGGAAAAAGCUAUUGGAACAGAUUACGUUUUUUAGAUACCUGUGAAUUCAUCAUAGAACUCUUUUCCAAAUCAUUUUUCUGUGAAUACUUCUUUCUUCCUGUGCUUGAACUUACACAUGAUCCAGUAGCAAAUGUGAGAAUGAAACUUUGUUAUUUAUUACCAAAAGUGAAGUCAACCCUCAAGGUUCCCACAGACAAACAUUUACUGCAGCAGCUAGAAAUGAGUGUAAGAAAACUUCUAUGUGAGGAAAAAGAUAAAGACGUCUUGAACAUUGUUAAAAAAAUGGUACUAGAACUUGACAGAAUGGAUACCUCUUUAGAUGCCUUUCAGAAGAGGUUUUAUGAAAAUGAUCUAUUGGAUCAGCAGAAAGAAAGAGAGGAACAACUUCUUUUGGAAAUGGAACAAAUAGAAAAAGAGAAACAGCAAAAUGAGAGCAGAUCUACAAAUAUGGGUGAUAAAAUAUAUGAAAAGAAGCGUAGAGACAGUAAAGCAUCAUCAACGUUGGCCAAAACUAUCCCAAUGUCUGUUUCUGGAAACCCUUCAGGCGCUUCAACAAGCAAAGAAGUAAAAAAGUCUAAAUUGGUUAGAAGUCAGUCUUUCAGUAGUCAAGCUAUUCAGUCAAAAUAUGGCAACAUUGACAAAUGCUCCAGCAAAAGUUCUUCAAUAGGCUAUACUUCUGUGUCAGGAGUAGCAAAGAAUUCUAUGUUCUCAUUUACUGAUGAUUCCUUCCGAACUCGUCCCAACAAUGUCAGCGGCACUGCUGUUUUUAACUCUACUUCCACCUUACCAUCUUCUUCUCGUAACACAAAUAACACAGUUGAUCAAAAAAGCAAUGGGAAUAAAGAGAGCCAUUCACGGAAGGAAAAACAGAAAAUUAAACUCCUAGAGCUGGUGAAAGAAAGCAUGCACACCAAAGACCACCAGAGCCAAUGUGGCUGAAGCCAGGAUUGGACAAAGCUAGAGUACAACCUUGAAUUUAAGGACCAGGAAGGAGGGAUUGAUUUGAUACCAUAAUGUUAACAUCUUCUGUCAAUUAAAUAAAUUCCUAUGUUGUAAAAUAUCUUCAUAGAAAUAAUGUAAUAUGUGCAGAAUGCCAAUGUUGUAAGUGAAGUGCUUAAUUCAACGUUACUUUAGCAAUGUGCUUUAAAUCUGCUGCAGCUAAAGAGACAGGGUUUCCCUACUUCCCCCUCUCAAUUAUGCCUUCUACUAGGUCAGGUUAUUCAGUUUGGAAUGAAAGUGCCCUCUACUUUAAAAUAUAGCUAUUUACAAGCUUAUGGACUCCUAAUUUGCCUUCGCUAUGGAAAUAGGGCCAUAUGUGUGAAAUUGCUCUGCGUAUAAGAAUUAACUGAACAAGUGACACUUUCUCUUUCAAAAAAGCUUUUAAAUAUCGAAGAAGCUUCAGUGUGGAAUCUGGAAGCAUGAACAGAGAAAUGUGGAGAAGUGUAGUCCUUUAAAAUAAACUUCUGCUAUAAUUUUAGAUAAUAUUGCUUAUCUAGUGUAUAAAAUGUCAAGAGGAUUUCUUUUCACUUUUUAAUAAGAAACAGAUACCUCCAAAUAGCAUAUGAAUGAUUUCUUAAAUUUCACAUUGCAAUUUUAUUGUACAAAUACUUUGUUUUAAUUUACCAGUAUAUUCUAUUGUAGUUUCUCUUUAUCCAACAUUUUAGAGAUGAUUAAUCUAGUUUUUAAUUAGUAGUUAAUUCAAGCCAUCAUGCUUUUAGCUAUAUCAACAUCAUUCUGUUUGUAUUCAUGCUAGCAUUCCUAUCAAAAUUUGCCUGCAAAAUGCAGUUUUAUUUAACACAUUCAAUUUAUGCCAAUACUUGAGAGAGACUGUAUGAAGCUAUUGUCAGCUUCUCUACUUCACAAAUGCAAUCAGCAAAACUAUAUUGAUAUCAGACUAUCUGUUUUUUUAAAUAUGUUGGUGUAUGAUAAAGAUAAUCUAAUUUGUGAAUGAAUAAAUGUGUGGUUACUUUUUACAAUGUGAAAUAAUGAAUGCUUUAUGCACAAUAAAAUUUAGGCCAUUAAAAUUCUGGCAUGUUUUGGGUGGGAGAGAUUUAAUUUGCAGCUUUUAAUUUAAAUUAAAUAAAAAAUAAAAAAAACAGACAGGAAUAUUCUGUAUCCACUGCACUAGUGAUUAAUAUGUAAGUAAUACAUGCAGCAUAGCAAAAUUCUCUGCUCCUAUAGUAGCAAACCAACCCCUUGAACAAUAAGCUAUUCACUUAAACACUAAAGUAGCAAUACCUGAAAAGGCUCGUUGUGCUGAAAAUCUUAGUUUCAAUACCUGGUCUUUCCAAAUGGAUCUGCAAAUGAUAUCUGUCUGAAGCUCUAGAGAACUGUUUCCAUAUUUAAAUGAUAUCAAGCUCCAUGAACUGGUGGCUUGCCUUGGAAUGAGUGGGGUUUUUUUUUUAUAUUCUUAAGAAAUGUACAUUCAUGGUAUCAUGCAGAGAGCAUUCAGCAAUCCAAACGUAGCAACUACCGUAAAUGCCGGCGUACAAGGCAACCCGGCGUAUAAGACGACCCCCGUCUUUAUAGCCGGGCCGCAUUCCUAGAACGUCGUCUUAUACGCCGGAAACUACCAGUAUUUCCGGUGUAUAAGACGACUCGGCGUAUAAGACGACCCCCGUCUUUGGCGCCGAUUUCAGCGCUCGCGGAAGUCACCUUAUACACCGGCAUUUACGGUAACUUUCUCCAUAAUGUUUCUUUUUCAUCUCAUUAAUAGACACUGUCCCAAAUUUCAAUCAGUGUCAGUCCUCUUUUUCUUAAUUAACAGCAAAUACAGCCUUCUCUUAAUGAUGCAAUUCAUACACUGUUUCCCAAAAGUGAAACUUUCUAGUAUUUUGGGAUAUUGCCCUUUGCUGAGUACUGCAUAAUUAUAAAUUCUGUGAUCAAGUCUAUAUAGUAAUCCUUUGUGUUCAAAGAAGAAGCACUGUGGUGCUGUUAUCCUUGGCACAGAAGUGACACUGCAGUCCCAGACUGGAGGUGUAGAGUCUAGCACAAUGGGGCACUGGAAACCCAUUAUUGUAGUAACUGAGUAUUAUACUGUGAUGCUACUCACAGUUUUCUAUAAGUUUUGGACAGUGCUGUCUUCAGUGCUGAUGGAGGCUUCAUAGCACAGGGCUAGCCAGUAGGUUCAGUCAAUAGCCACAGCUUUUAGUUCCCUUGGCUGGAUGACCCAAGGUUUCUUUUCCAGUAUCUUUGAGUAGUUGCACGGUCAACCUUUUGAGGUGUUUUCUCAGACUCUGGUGUGCUAUAGAGCAACUGGUAAGGCAUAUGGUGGUCAUCCAUUCUGAUGACAUGUUCCACUCACAUCGUCUGGGUUUUGAUAGUCAGGGAUUUAAUGCUGGUGGACACUGGUGGAUCCAAGACUUCCAGGUUGGAGAUACAAUUUUGUCAACAUCUGCCUAAGAUGGACUACAGAACGCACAUAUGAAAUUUCAGGUUUUUUAUGUGUCUUCAGUACAGUGUUUAGGACUCACAUCCAAAUAAGAAAGAAGGAAUAACCACUGCUCUGGAGGCUUUCAGCUUUCUAGAGAUGAUAAGAGAUGAUAUGUUGAUAAAGCACUCUAGUAUGCAACUAGUGCCUGGCUGGCCUUGCUAAUUCUGCAGUCAAUUUCUUUGUCCAAAGAUGCAUCACUAGAGAUGAUGCUUCCCAAAUAUCUGAAGCUGUUUACAUUUGUCAACUAGGUGUCCUCAAUACUGAUUGUUGGUUCUACAGAUAGCAUUUGGCUAAAAUAGUGCAGUCUUGUUCAGAUUGAUAAUCAAGCUGAUUAUCUGAUAAUCUAAUCAGCUGAUAAUCAGAGCCAUAGCAGUGUCAGAAAUUGUUCAGCAUCAGCUGGAAAUCACUGUCUUUGUGCAUCAGGAAUGCACAGACAUUAGCAAAGAGGGUUUCUUGAAUGACUAUAUAGAAGCACCUUGUGCACUCAAGUGGUGAAGGUCAAAGAGGGGGCCAUCCAAUUGGUACCUGAUACACAGUUCCACCUUCAGACCCCAGACAAAAUGUAACAUGCAAGUGAAGAACAGAUUCAAUAGAACUGGGUUUAGCACACCAUCCUGUUUUACUCCAUUGGAAAUAACAAAUGCAGUUGAUGUAUCACCAUGAUAAAGAACCUGUCUUGUCAUUCUGUUGUAGAGUAGCUGAAUCAACCUCACAAAUUUCUUUGGACAUCCAUAAUAUCUCAGGAAGAUCCAGAGAGAUUCCUCCUUUAUAGUGUUUAAUGCCUUUGUCAGAUCAAGAAAGACAGUAAAGAGGCAUGUUCUGCUCAAUGCAUUUCUGGAAUCACCUCAUGUCAAAUAUGUCUGCUCUACUCCAUUCUGGCUGAAAGCCACAUUGCACCUUUGGGACGUUCCUUUCCAAGACAAUGACAAGUCCUUUCAAAAGAAUGAAGGCAAAGAAUUUGUCUGUGUCGGACAGCAGUGAGAUACCUCUGUAGUUUCCACAAUCUAAUUUGCUUCCCCACCUCUCAUUUUCAUGUUAACUGGUACAUAUUAUUUUCCCUUCCCUUCUGCUGCUAUUAGAGCUUCUCUCCCUUGUAAUAAGUGCAAAAUUCUUAUUGUAGAUCUGUACACUUCAAGCAAGACCAAAUUGAUGAGGAUAAACUCAUGAAGCACUUGAAAUAGUUUUGGUUGACUGCUUUCAAUGACUCUCUAAAACAGUGUUUCUCAAC